GAUUGCGUUAAAUCCCGGAUGUUUUCUCGUGGUAACCAAACACAAUCAUUGUGAGAUCUACUGGAUGGCUGCAUGCUGAGUACAUGAGUGCUGCUUGACUGCUAAUUCGUUCGAUAUCGGGCAAGAUGAAGAAGUCGAGAAAAUGUGCGGACGCGGCGUCGUCGUUGCUCGUUCCUGGAGUGGGAGAGCGCAACAGCACGACGUGGAACGCUGUGGCUUUCCAACAGCAACUGAUGGGGCAUUUUUCUCUUUCCCAAUCAACUGCUGCUUGCGGGAGAUCAAGGCGUCGCCCCGGGCAACCGGGCGUCAAAAUGGCGGCGAGUCGUGAAGCUCCAAAAGCUGCUGGGACUUCUGGGAAACGAGAGAGGUGGAAGGAAGUAGAGCCGCAAGAAUACGUCUUGGGACCCAAACCAAAACCUCUAACUCUUGCUCAGAAACUAGGACUCAUUGACCAUCCAGCUGCUCCUCUAACUGACUCCCAAUGGCAAUCAGCAAAGGCAAAAUCGAACGCUCGAAAUGACUCCUCACUCCCAUGCGUCAUCUGUAAAGAACCGUUUGCUUACCAACAGCAAGUCCUCCUCUCGUGUUCUCACGUAUUUCAUCAUGCGUGUCUCUCGGCAUUCGAACGUUUCACAGGCAAGAAAACAUGCCCGUUGUGCAGACAGAAAGACUACGAGACGAGGGUCAUUCACGAAGCAUCGAAACUCCAUCGCGUUCAAUGUGCAACGACGAUCCAGUCUGCAUGGCGAGGACACCGCGUUCGCACGUGGUACAACGAGAUGAGAAGGACAGUCGUGCCUCGUGAUCCAAAACUACGAAGGAAAUUCUACGAAGACAAAUUUGUCGAGGCGAACAAUCGGUUUGUGAGAGAAGUCGAGGAGACGGAGACGGCUGCUAGAAAUCUGAUUCGAGACAUCGACGAGAAUCUUGCCUACAGCAGACGGAUAUCUCAACUACUAAACCGACGACUGAUCGAAACGACAGUCGACUGGAAGGCAGUGAGAGCGACAGCAGCCGCACGCAACAUCACCGAAUGCCCAAUCUGCAUUGUCCCAUUAGACAUCUCACUCACGAAUGAAACAACAAAGGAAUACCCACAUGGACACAUGAGCAUACAGACUACAACAUCCGAACAUUUACGAGAUGCUGUAGAUGGUGAAAGAUGCCACAGAAAAACCGUUUUGUUAUCAUGUUGUCAUGCGUUUCACGAGCCGUGUUUCGACACGUUUGAGCAACUGUGUUCAGGAAGCUUCGAUCUUGUGUGUCCCGUGUGUAGGAGCCUCUACUCUAAGCUAACAAUUGAGCAAUAGCCGGAGGUCAAGAGUCAACUAGUUGCCGUGCAGUCAAAACACUUCGAACGUAGAGCACACAGUGAGGGUUCCAAGCUCUUAGCAUUGUUUUUUGUGCUACUUGGUAUUAUGGCUUCAGAUGAAAGUUGAUGUUUAUUACACUUGAUCACGUAGAACUUUAGCAUUUGUAAACAGUAUGAUGUUGUAGUAGGCAGUGACAUCUCCACAGGGCGUUGACUUUGUGGUGAGGGUAUGCCUCCCACAUGUAGAUUGGCUUGCAACUUUGGUACCGCAUUUAUCAACAUAGAAGUGUAUU